UUACAACACAGAAACCAACCAGAAAGAGAAGUCUGCAAGAGUUACAGAAGCAAUUUUAAAGCGAUUAUUUUGUGAGGAUACAAUAUCUUGAGAAAAUGGCGUUCUUUAAUGCUUUGAUAUUCAUGGUAAUGUUGGGAUGCAGUGUUCAAGCAGCCUCAAUUAUUGAUGCGCAAAAUGACAGCAAUUGUAAAGACGAUAGGUGGCAAUGUUGCUUUUGGGCAGCAAACAAACAAUGUCAAGAAAAUCCAGCUUAUAUGAAGAAACAUUGUAAAUUUUCUUGUGGCUUGUGCGGAGACUGUAAAAAUGUGCAAGGUGAAAAACAGUGCAAUGAUUGGGCGAAUACUGGCCAAUGUAAAUCUAACCCAACACACAUGUUGGCGAAAUGCAAGAAAGCUUGUACUGGUUGCUCAAAUGCUUCUCCUACUCAGAAGAGUGCCAAGUAUUGUAAAGACGAUACGUGGCAAUGUUGCUUUUGGGCAGCAAACAAACAAUGUCAAGAAAAUCCAGCUUAUAUGAAGAAACAUUGUAAAUUUUCUUGUGGCUUGUGCGGAGACUGUAAAAAUGUGACGAGUGAAAAACAGUGCAAUUAUUGGGCAAAAAUUGGCCAAUGUAAAUCUAACCCAACAUACAUGUUGGCGAAAUGCAAGAAAGUUUGUACUGGUUGCUCAUAAGAUGUAUUACUGAAUGCCGCUGGCGUAGCAACACACUACUUGUGACGGGACCAGUCUUCGCCCGACGUAUUUACUGGUGAAAUCUUUAUUUGUCUUAAUCAGUCUGUAGGUAUAUUUUUCUGGUGGGGAAGGAUUGAGGGUAGAGCACAAGAAAAAUAAAAACGCUUAAAACAAUGUAUGGUCUAAAUUUAGCAUUAACAUUAUGAUUUUCAAUAACUACAAAAUUCGUGAUGAUUAUUAUACAUACGCGCGCAUUAUCUGCUCUUCAACUAAGCAAAUCGAGAUCUCAUACUGGUAUAAACUUUCCAGUAGAUUACAAAAUUUGAUUAUAUCUUGUUUGGGGGAAUAAUAAAAGAAACUUGAUGCAUUGUGCUUGUAUUUUAA